AUGGAAGUAGAACAAGGCACAGUGCUCGUACUGUACUCAAAUAAGUCCGAUGGGAGCCACACGGCCAAUCGAAGUUCACAGUCCACCGGUGGCCAAAAGAUCCCCUUGUUCCUUUCAGCAGGAUCUAAAGCAAUAUUACCUCCAGGUUCAACAUUUUGGCUGUUCUUCCAGGAGGACACCUUGCUUACGACAGGGUGUAUCGUUCCGCCUUCACAGGGACCACGGGCAAUCGCCCGCGGCUUGUGUAAUGUUUGCCAAGACAUUCCGUUCGACAAGCUCAACUGUGAAGAAGGUCCAGGGCAUGCUCACCAAGAGAGCAUUCAGCAUCUACUCUCCUCGAGCGAGAGAUGUGAAUUAUGCGAGCUUAUUCUCGAUACCAUUAUCGAAAUCGAAAAGGAACACAAAAGGUUCGACUACCCCAUCCGGUCGGAGUUGAUUGAAAAUUCGAGUAAAUUGAAGGAAGCGCCGGUCAAUGUACUAGAAUCGAUCGACGAUUCUGGUGAAGGUCAAUUCUUCACAAGACAACAACUUUUCAAGGAGAAUAACGUCCUCGUUGGCACGGUAGUAUGGAGGAGCCCUUUAGCUCAUAGAUUCGUUGAGACAAAAGAGGGGCCUGAGAAUGAUCCUGAUGCUAGUUUCUCUCAUUUGGUACCUAGCAAGUAUGAUUCAAAACCUUGGAUAUAUGGGAACUAUUGGACCUUGAAUGGGAUAGAGAAUUGCCAACCUCAAUUAAUUGGCCUGGGAGUUCGGUUGAGCCGAGGCCCCGAGCUGGAGGUGAUGAAUGGCAGUCAAAAAAUAGUACACUAUCUUUUUCGCGGCAGUCAGAUAAGGAUUCUCGCUCCGGCAGAUACUCCUCUCUACAGGACUAUCCCAGGCAGGCUACUACAUCAGCGCUACGAUCAGGAGGUUCCGGCCAUAAAACUGAUCAGAGAGUUUCUUGUUGGUUGCUCCCAGACACACAAUGAUAGUUGUGUAUUACCCGAGACGGACCUUCCCACGCGGGUUCUCGAUCUAAGCGAGCUGAGAACGCACAAACACGUCAAGCUACUAGUAACUGGGAACAUACGAGGACAAUAUAUUGCUCUAAGCCACUGCUGGGGUUCAUCGCAGCCACUUCGAACCACGUUAGAAACUUUCCUGCAACAUCAACAAGGUAUUCCCGUAAGGCUUUUACCAUUGACAUUUCAACAUGCAGCUAUUAUCUGCCAUCAACUUGGUAUUCAAUACCUUUGGAUUGACUCACUCUGCAUAAUUCAAAAUGACUCAGCAGACUGGGAAAUCGAAGCAGAUAAGAUGAGCGAAGUAUAUACAAAUGCAUGGUUGACAGUUGCUGCAUCUUCCUCAAAAGGAUCCAAUUUUGGUUGCUUCACCUUGGAACAGCCUCCGGCGGCGUACAUUUCAUAUGAAAGCCAAUCAACGGGAAUGCACGAAGUGCGCUUGCCGAGCGUAAAACUCCCAUUUCCAAUCGAGGGCUCAUGGCAAACCUCCGUCUACGCUUGCAAAGAAUGGAUGCCUCCUUCGUUCCAAAGGUAUCCAUCCCUUUAUCAAAUUGGAAGUUUCGGGGCCUAUAUUGAUCCUGUUGGAGAUGAGCCUCUGAAUCAACGUGGCUGGACACUUCAAGAACGUUUCUUGUCGCCUCGCAUUGUGCACUUCACAUCUAGUCAAGUCUUUGUUCAAUGUGGCCGUGAGACAGUGGCAGAAGACGGAGCUCGAUUUGAGAAUCUAAUGUCUAAAUGGGCCGUCCUCAAGCACCUUGAAAGAGAUCCUGCAGUUAAUGCGAAACUUACACCAUCGGAGAACAGAUACGAAGUGUCUCGACGUACUGGAGGAUGGAACUUUCUAGUUGAAUCAUAUAGCAGGCGUCAAUUGUCUUUUGAGACAGAUAAAUUGCCAGCAAUUGCUGGUAUGGCUCGUUGGCUCCAGCAACAGACAGGUGAAACUUACCUCGCAGGGCUCUGGAAAGAACAUAUCUGUCAAGACCUUCUUUGGAGAAAAUAUCCAUAUGAAGAGAUGCAACCUGUGUGGGCAGAUCAGUCGAGAAGACAUCUUUAUGGACCUGAAAAGCCAUUGCUGCCGUUCAAAAAGCCAAAAGCAUACCGUGCUCCAUCAUGGUCUUGGGCAUCACUUGAUGGAUCAGUCAAGUUUGAGGCAUUAUCGAACUCAAUUUGUAGCUACUAUUGCGAUUCAUUCCUCGAGUAUCAUAACAAGAGUCAUUUCGGCAAAAUACAGUCAGGUUGGCUAAGAAUCAAGAAGGCGCCUCUUGUUGAAGUCCGACAGUCUAAGUCUCUGUCUCAACCUUUUCCCAAGACUGCGAUUGACAUCGUGCUGAAUGGUCGGACUUACCGAGGACAUGCUUACUUCGAUUUUAAGCCCGAGCUUCCCUGUUUGGCAGCGAUGAUUUGCAAGUCUAAUUGCUUACUUCUAGAAAAGGUAACAUCUGAACCUAACAACUUUAGGAGGAUUGGUAUUGCUCAAUUAGAUAGAGUAGCAGGACUUGGAGUUAGUGUAUAUGAGGAUGACAAGGUCCUGGCUUCUGAUUUAGAAAGCGUAUCUAGUUUUACAAUUAUCUAA